ACCUUCUGUGCUAUUGGUACUUAUUCCGAUGUAAUCAACACGACGACCUGCAAGACCUGCUUCCCUGGCUCUACCACUGCCAGCACAACGGCUACGGCUUCCAGUCUCUGCAUUGCCGACCUUGGCUACUACGGCAGCAGCGGCGUUUUCACGCAGUGUGCGAUUGGCACUUACAGCGACCAGAUCGGGCUUACUGUUUGCAAGUCAUGCGCUGCUGGUCAGACUACCGGACAGAUCGGCUCGAAUAACUACCGUCAAUGCGGCUUCCAGUGCGUCCCUGGCACUUACAGCUCUAACGGUGUGAUGACAAGCCUGGAAGACUGCGGUGCUAUGACUGGCAAUUCGCUCUGCACGGGCGGGCAGUCGAGCUAUUACAGUUCUCGUGCUUUUCCUUGGAGCUACGCAGGCUGUCAGAACUGUCCACUGGGCUAUUUCCAAGCACAAUCAGGCAGAACGAACUGUAGCGCCUGUGCGAUCGGCUCUUACGCUGACGCGCCUGGAUCUUCAUCUUGCACGGCCUGUCCAACGUUUGCUACCAACGAUAUUCUGUCCAGCGUUACCAUCGAAGAUUGCUUCUGCACGAAGAACUUCGUUUGGUUGAACCAUCAGUGCGUUUGUCCGAAAGGAAUGCAUCUUUCAAGUUAUCAGAACUGCACGGAUUGUCCUGCUGGCACGUACAAAGACAGCUUCAGUCUUUCCGAAUGCCAAGUGUGCCCUGCCGAUACCUAUUCCAGUGCUGGCGCUUCGUUCUGUUCCGACUUCCAGCGCUGUCCGAUUGCAACCUACAAAGAUACAUAUGCCAACACGCCCUGCCUUGCCUGCCCGCUUGGCACGUAUUCCAACAUCGAACAGAGCACUUUCUGUAGGGAUUGUCCAGUUGGUUACUACACAGUUUCAACGGGCUCUUCGAGCGGUGCUACAUUUUGUACGGUCUGCGCAGGUGGAAGCUACAAGAAUGUCAAAAGCUUAGCAAACUGCUCUAUUUGCGGAGCUGGAAAGUAUUCCGACAGUGGAGCUUCAGUCUGUAUCAAUUGC